UAUUAAAUCAGUGCUUGUGUAUGUGUUCACGUUAAUUUUUUGACGAGGUUUCUCGAUGAUUUCAAGCCACAGCAGGGGCCCAUAAUCGUGUACUAACAGUUAAAUAAUCAUGAAGCCACUCUAAUGAGCAUGUGAACUGUAGAAAAUGUUCUACGACAGUGAAAAUGGAUUGGGAUACAACCAUUCUUGCACUAACUGCCACAAUGACUCGUACUAUCGAUACAACUUUACCGAUGUGGACGAUUUUAUAUGUGUUUUCCAUGACGAGGACGACCUCUCAACCAGCAUUUUUAAAGUAUCUGUAUAUGUGAUGUACAUUACCGUGUUUGUUACUGCACUUGUGGGCAAUGGCUUAGUGUGUACGGUAGUGCAAACCACAGCACGCAUGAAGACUGUGACGAACUACUUUAUAGUGAAUCUGGCUGUGGGUGAUAUACUAAUGACACUGUUCUGUGUGCCAUUUUCGUUUGUACCGACUUUGUUGCUUCGAUAUUGGCCUUUCGGAGCGUUUAUGUGUAAAGCGGUUAACUUUUCGCAAGCAGUUUCCGUGCUUGUAAGUGCUUACACAAUGCUGGCGAUCUCCAUCGAUCGGUACAUAAUUAUAAUGCACCCGUUGAAGCCACGGCUUAGCAAGACGGCCGCUAAGCUGGUUGUGUUUGCUGUGUGGAGUGGGGCGCUGGUCACUGCGGCUCCCAUACCGAUCGUCUCUAAGCUUCAGAGGCCAUCGCUUUGGCAUCAGACAUGUGAAGUUGACAUUUGUGGAGAGGUAUGGUCGAGCACUGAGCAGAGUCGUCAGUACACGUACGCAUUGUUGGUGCUGCAGUUCGUCCUGCCACUGAGUGCGCUAGUGUGCACAUAUACACGGAUUGCGCACACUGUAUGGGGCGGUCGACCGCCUGGAGAAGCGCAAGACGCCAGAGACUCACGAAUACAACAUUCCAAACGAAAGAUGGUGAAAAUGAUGUUGACAGUCGUUACAGUAUUUAUAAUGAGCUGGUUGCCCCUCAACAUUUUCAUAGUUUUAUGGACGGUGCACGAGAACGAUGACGAGUGGGCUUCGUGGCCGGGGAUGCCGUACGUGUGGUUCGCAUGUCAUUGGCUGGCGAUGUCACAUUCCUGCUACAACCCUAUGAUCUACUGCUACAUGAACAUUCGGUACCGCCAAGGAUUCCAAGAGAUAUUCAGUGCGUUGCUAUGUUUGAAGAAAAAGGACUCGACCAGGCCGUGUCAAAGGUCAAGUGUUUGUGAGGGCAUACCUAUGUCAGAACUGAUGGGUGCAAAUGGAACUGGGACAGCGAAUCGUCGUGUAAUACAUGUAUGCAGAUGUCAGACAUCUAAGAGUACAGCAGUGUCAAAUGGUAGUAAGAGUGUAACAUGUACCUUUUGUACUCCAAAACCUGCGUCUAGAUCUUCGGCAGCUUCUUUGACACCACCAGUCAGAGCUGCCUCUGUGCGCUCACAGUUCUUCUAAGACGAUCACAAUAUUUAAAUAUGUAUUUCUAGUUAAACAUCGAAUUGAAGUUUUCUUCCAGCGUUCUAUAAAUAUACGGAGAUUGAAGUCGGGUUGGACUGUCCUGCUUAUGAUCAUAAUAUCGUAACUUGAUUGCAAUACAGAUCUUUAAACACUACCAAAUAAAAAGAUGCAGGUUUUCCCGUAUAUAUAUAGAGUGUUGAUAGUUUAAUAAAAUCCUGUCCGAUCCAUAAGGGUUCAUUACGUAUCGAAAGUUGAUACUAUUACAAGGAUAUAAUCCUAUUUUGUUAAUUGUAAAUAUUAUA